UUAUCGCCGCCAACGUCGAAAUGGGAAAUAUCGGAGCGGUAGUCAAGGACGACAUUGUGGUUAGGGUUUUGUCCGUAGCGACGAAAGCCGAUUUGAUAUAUUAAGUUAUCUGCAUCAGCAAAUUUACCAGAAAUGACUUUCCUGGGGAUUUUGUAUUCGGCGCCGGCACUUCUUCUUAUCAGUAUGAGGGUGCGGUGGCAGAGGAUGGAAGAACACCAAGCAUUUGGGAUACCUUUGCUCAUGAAGGGAUGACACCAGGCAAGAGCACGGCGGACAUAACUUCGGAUGGGUACCACAAGCACAAGGAAGAUGCCAAGCUUAUGAUUGAUGCUGGGCUUGAGGCCUAUAGGUUCUCCAUUUCCUGGUCCAGGAUUCUCCCAUAUGGAAGGGGGACCGUUAAUCCUAAAGCUUUGGAGUACUACAAAAGUGUCAUCCAUGAGAUAUUUGAAAAAGGAAUCAAGAUUCAUGUUAGUCUCCAUCAUUUGGAUCUUCCCCAAAUACUUCAAGAUGAGUACGGCGGAUGGCUCGACCGCAGGAUCGUGGAUGAUUUGAAGGAAUUUGCAGAUUUAUGUUUCAGGGAAUUUGGUGACAAAGUUUCACGCUGGACAACCAUAGUAGAACCUAACGUUUAUGGAUCAGCAGGAUAUGAUUCAGGAAUAUUUGCUCCUGGAAGAUGUUCUCAUCCCUUUGGUUUGAUAAAUUGCAGAGCAGGAAAUUCAAUAACUGAGCCAUACAUCGCAGUUCACAAUAUGCUGAUCGCUCACGCUGAAGUUGUUAAGCUGUACAGGAUGAAGUAUCAGGGCAAGCAAGAUGGCAAGAUAGGCCUCAACUUCUAUUCUUUCUGGGGCUACCCAUUUUCAAACACCUCUGCAGAUGUUGAAGCUGUACAAAGGGUAUUUGACUUUCAGUUUGGUUGGAUAUUAAAUCCAUUAGUGUUUGGAGAUUAUCCAGAGACGAUGAAGAAGAUCUGUGGCCCGAAGCUUCCCAAUUUCACCGCAUCACAGAAAAAACUACUGAAAGGCUCAUUCGAUUUCAUCAGUCUUAAUCACUACACAUCUGCAUUUGUCCGUGAUAACUCCAUUAUUCUCCAGAUUUCUCCUCGGGAUUUUUUUUCAGAUAUGGCUGCCAUUGUAACAGCAUCCAGGAAUGACACUUCAAAUAGCACUUUUGUUCCAACGCACCCUCAAGUGGAUCCUGUCGGGCUUCGGUACCUAUUGGAGUACCUCAAAGAGAACUAUGGGGAUUUUCCCAUUUACGUUGAAGAGAAUGGUUACUGUGAGGCAGCCAACAUGAGUGCACUUGAUGACCAUGCAAGGAUUGAUGCCUUGAGAGGAUACAUUGGGGCAACACUUGAAGCCAUUAGGAAUGGAGUAAAUAUUAAAGGCUACUUUAUUUGGUCAUUCAUUGAUGUUUUUGAAUACCUGGGUGGCUACCAAUCAUCUUGUGGACUUUACCAUGUGGAUUUUAAUGAUGAAUUAAGGCCAAGAACUCCAAAGCUUUCAGCUCAUUGGUAUUACAAUUUCCUAAAGAACAAUAGUGAGGCAUUAUUCAGCAUGGAAAGAACAGAAGAUCUUCAGAAUUUGCUUCAUUCUUCAUUGUGAUUCACAUUUACAUUUGCAGGUACAUACGAACCAUGUAAUUGUUACGUUUUUACAUAUCAAAUGCCUAAUUUUUCUUUUCUUGAGAGAUAAUUUAGAUGCUGUUAUUUUCUG